CAAUGCACUCACAGGAGUUGCCUGCACUGAUUAACAGUGCCUUCGGAACAUUGGGACCCAAAGGAACCUCCAAAGCUGUUGGCUGACAUUGCUUUUUCCCCAGCACAAAGCCACUGAUGCCUUACAGACACCUGAGUCUAAUUGUAGCCUGGAGGACACAGUCGACUUAUUCUGGGUCUUGUGAGGAGGUGAACGGCUUCUGGAACGGUGUGUUGUUCAGAGCAAUUACAGAAAAGCAUGUGUGGUCUGGGUAAGUGUGAGAUGGUUCUUUUAGUCCAGGUCUUUGUCUAUUCAUUUAGUUUAUUCACCUAGUUUUGAUGUUUUUGAAACUAUAUAUGCACAGUUGCUGUAGCCCACUGUCUUCAGAUGUAGCCAGCGUCUGUAUCCUUGUCCGUGUCCUUAUUUGACCGCAGAUAUUUAAACCUCCAAAAAAUGAUUAGACCUACAUUUGUUACCCAGGUUUAUGUGUCAGGUACUUUGUUUCUUUGCAAUAAAAUAAAAACGCCAAUCGUUCAUUUAGAGACAUUCAUUUAAAGACUGAGUGGUGCUUUUAGGCCUGGUCUUUGUGUAUUUAUUCAGCUUAUGCAAAUCAUUUGGAUCCAAAGCAGCAAGAGAAUUAGAAGAACUGGUCUAUGAAGUUUAGUUUGUACAGUUUCCCAGGAAGCUGGACCAGGUUUCAUGCAUCUUGAAUGAAAGCGCCCAGCAGUGAAUGUGAACUGAUUCCACCAUGUAAAGUUAUCCAGUCGUUUUGAUAACGCAUAUACAUUACAAGAUGUUUAAGCAUUAAUAAUGGUAAAGCUGUUGUUGUAGCUCUGUAUAUCUGGUUGUUGUCUUAUAGUGAACUUUAUUUACAUCUGUGUCAGCCUCAGACAGAAAAAAGUGUGUGAGUGUGUGUGUGAGAGAGAGAGAGAGAGAGAGAGAGAGAGAGUCUGUAGCUAUAUAAAACAUCUGUUAAAUUAAAUGGUUAAAAUGUAGACAAACUCAUUCUGAGUGUUUUAUUGUUAAUUUUUAUUGAAAAUUUCCAAUUCACAAUUGCUCACUGAGGUGAUGAUAGAAACCACAAAAACUGCUUUGAAUUGUGGCAGAAGUCUGACAAGAGAGAUUAUGUCUCCUUGACAGGAGGCCUGUCUUUCAGGUGGCCUAUAUAGUGCUGAAUGCUGUUUUGGUGUUACAUUGUCAUUGGUGAUAUAGGGAUGUGAUGCUUCACUGUUUUUGUCAUGUCACAAAAAUGAGUGCAUUUGUGCACUUCAUUAGGAACACUAUACUGUAUACUGGGUAUGGCUUCCUUUUGCUCUCAAAACAUCCCCAAUUCUUAAUGUCCUGGAUUCUACAAGACAGUGAAAACAUCCCUUCUAAAUUCUGGUCCAUGUUUACGUGAUUGCAUCGUGCAGUUCCUGCAGAUUUUUCUGUGCACUUUCAUGCUGCAAAUCUCGGGUUCUACCACAUCCCAAAUGUGUUCUUCUGGAUUCAGAUCUGGUGAGUAGGAAGACCCCUGAUGAGCACUGAACUCAUUGUCAUGUUCAUUAAACCAGUUUAAGAUGACUUGUGCUUUGUGACAUGGUGCUUUAUCAUGCUGAAAGUAGCCAUUAGUAGAUUUGCAAAUUGUGGUCAUGAAGGGAUGCAGAUGGUCAGCAACAAAACUCAAAUGUGGCAUUCAAGCUAUGAUUGAUUGAUAUUAACAGGCCCAAAGUGUGAAACAUUUUCCACACCAUUGCACCACCUCCACCAGCCUGGACUGUUGACACUAGGCAGGUUGAGCCCAUGGAUUCUUGCUGUUCUUGCACUUUUGGUGGGCCUGCCCACUUCAGCCUCAGCUUCUGUUCUUGGCUGACGGAAGUGGAACGCGACCUGGUCUUCUUGCUGUUGUAGCUCAUCCACCUGAAGGUUCAAUAUGUUGUGCAUUGAGAUUUUCUUCAGAGACUUUUCUGCUCACCACAAUUGUACAGAGUGGUUAUCUGAGUUACUAAAGCCUUUGUCAGCUUUCUCUCUGGUCACCCUCCAAUGACCUCUCAUCUACAAUGUGUUACUGUCCAGUCCGCUGGAUGUUUUUUCUUUAUUGCAACAUUUAUAGAUUUAUUCAUACUGUAAAAGAGGGGAGGCAAGGAGGAAGAGUGGCAUUCAUUUAUAAUAGUGACAACGUUUGUUAAAUUUAUGGCUUUUGAUUGUUUUGAUCAACCCUUUUAGUGACAUUUUGACAUUACUAAUUGAAAUAUAUAGACCUCUCAAGACAAAUCAUAAUUUGUAUUUGUACAUUUAUACAAACGCUGAGGUCAGACAUUUUAGACAAUGCUGUUAUGACAAAAUUCAGACUACCCAGCAGAAUGGAGCUCACCUUCAAUCUUAAAUGCCCUGUCUAGGCAUUUUCAUGAUUUUCUUCUAGUAUCUAUAGUUUGUGAUAUCUUUACUGUGAACUGGCAGAGAAACAACACUGCUCAUCUUUUACAUGAUUUUUAAAUGACAUUUUCUGCCAUUUUCUUCUGUUGGAAUUGUUUGAGUUGGGUCCGACUAAAUUUGGCCUAGGUGACGUCAUAUCUACCGAUGUACCAAUCAAUACGUAUAUGUCAGCUACUUGCAUUCCUCUCCCGCACAUAAAGUGACCGAUCUCUCGCUGAGUCCCCGCCCAAACUCCCAGCAAGUAAGUUAUUUAAGCUUUUCUGCAUGUGUUAACAGUUAUAGUUAUGAAGGUUUUACACUCCUGUUUGUAUCAUAGCUAGACACAGCCUCUUGCUUGCGUUUUCAAGCUCCUGCAAUUAACUUGAGAGUACAAUAACAUUAAAUGUAGAAAAAGUGAAUAUAUUAGAUGCCUGUUCUUAACAUCAAGGCUUACUGUGAUUCCUCACACAUGUAGCCUAGUUUGCAAGCAUGACACGCAGUAAGUGUUAGCAAAUAUGACUGUGUUGAUAUAUAUUAUGACCUUGUGUGACCUCACUUUCAGGAUAAAGGUCCAGCAGUUAGCUAAAUACCUAAAGAUUACGACAGUGAUCUCUAACUUUAGUCCGGGAGAGCUACCUUCCUGCAGAGUUUAGUUCCAACGUGUAUCCAAGAAAGUUGCCCCACCCCUUACAUAACCCUAUACUUGUGACUUAGCCAAUCAGUGACUUGGGAAGAGGUUGAUUAGCUGGAGUAGGUGUGGCAAACUGUGGCUGGAAGUAGAUUUUGUAGUAAGGUAGCUCUCCAGGACCAGGUUUGAGCCUGCUUGUUUAUGAUACUAAGUGAGCUGCUUCUGUCAAUUUUUUUUUUAUUAUCUUUAAUAUCAAAACAAAUAUUUAUACAUUUGAAACUAUGUUGACCUUGUGGUUUGAAUGAGUUGAAAGAAGUUAUGGGGAUGUAUUUACAGUGAAGAUUCGGGUGACUAUUGGAUUUGUAGUAUUUGUAAAGUUAGCACUAUAGCUCCAAUUUUCAAGUAAAGACAAAUUUGGACAGCAAGCAACUCGUGUAGACAUUCAAUUUUUUAGGGACAAAUCCCUUUAAUGCUCAGGAAGCAACUUCAGAAAAAAACUUGUAUUUUGCCUGAAUAUGUAACAACUUUUUUUUUAUUUGUCUUCAUAGGGAAGCGCUACUUUCCACAAAGAAAGCCAAAGCUCUCUCCAAAGACUCUCCUGGUGUCUCUCAUCCUGAUGAUCAUCUUCAUCCUUGUCCAUUUAGUUUAUCUUGACCGGACCGGAGCAGAAAAGGAGAUUGUUCAUCAAGAAGCUGCUGAAAAGCAACCUGACUUUUCUCUUGGAACUACACAUGCUACAUCAAGUUCUACACCAAAUUCUACAACAAACGCUUUGCCAAGUGCUGAACCACACCUAACAGCAUGUGGUGUGCCGGUGCAGAGUGGUCCCAUGAUUAAAGUUGCUCACCACAAAGCCUAUGUGAUCGGUUCCUAUGUGGAGCACCGUUUAAGCAGUAAAAUGAUACGAACAGUUGCUAUAGUGUUUCGUUGUGAAGAAGUGCAAUACUACUGCUUAUUAUGUUGUGAUGGAAGGAACAUUUCUGCAGCUGCCAGCCUCGACAUUCACUCUGACCACUUUGAAUUUGACUAUGGCACGGCAGAUAUUACUUGUCAAGUCCCCACAACAUGCACAACACCAGCAUAUGUGGCUAUUACUUCCCAAACACAUGAAGGGGGCAGAUCUGUAUGGAAUAUACAAUCCUUCCAACCUGUUGGGAAUCAACAGCCCAGGACCAAAAACUUCCCUUAUGCUUUUACAGUAUGUAUAUCUGUAAUGUAUGAUUACAUGAAUGUGUUGGGGCUUGUGCAGGCCAUGGAGAUGUUCAAGCUGCUUGGUGUUCAGAAGGUAGCCAUUUACAAGACCAAAUGUUACCCAGAUACGCAGAAGGUUCUGGACUACUAUGUUAGGCAAGGCUUUGUGGACAUCAUCUCAUGGACUGUGUCGUCCUACAUCAAUGUGUCCAGAGGAUGGAAGAAGUCCGAUUCACCAGGGGAACCGGAAUUCUUUGGGCAAAUUGUAGCUCUCAAUGACUGUGUGUAUCGUUACAUGUAUGAGAGUCAAUAUGUAGCUCUACAAGAUUUGGAUGAGCUAAUUCUUCCUUUGAAAGAAGAUAACUGGACAACACUCAUUCCUCAGCUGGAGAAGAUUUACCAACAUCAUGCAGGAUUUGAGUUUGAGAAUAACAUAUUUCCCAUUUCCCUUUCCAGAAAUAAGACACCUGAGAAUACACCAGAUUUAUGGAAGCAGUUUGAGGGAGAAAACCUCUUACCACAUGUAUACAGGAUACCCAAUGACCCAAAUGUGUUCAACAAUUUCAAAGUCAUUGUGAAUCCCCGUUUAGUGCUUAAAGCUACAGUGCAUGGCCUUUUGGAUUCCAUGGGUGGUACUGUCAGGGUGGACCCCAAAAUCGCCCGCAUGUACCACAUUAAAAGUUAUCCAAGCAAAUACUUUUCACCAGAAUCCGUUAUAAGGGAUACACAUCUGUGGGACUAUGCAGAUAAGCUGAUUCCUGCUGUAUCUGAAGUACUUAGACAAGCACUGAAUAUUCAGUGAAAUCAACUGUAUAAUGAAGCAACAAUCCUCAGAGCUUCUUUCGAUUUAAUCAUAGUACAGAUAUGUGAAAAUGUAGCAUACAGAGUCCUGCCCGAGACUUUUAUUGGUCUCACAUGGUGUGCUUGCCAGACAGGACGGCCCAUUUUGCUGUGUGAAGGACAUUGGGAUUACCAAAGACACUAGUCUUUGUUUUUUGGGUUUUUUUGCAUAUGUCUUAUGUAUAAGGGUAAUUUUAUCAUGGUGUUAAGAGAAGGGAGCGGUUUAUUUUUGCUGGCAAAAGCGACACUCAGGGAGUUUGUAUUGCCAAGAAGCCUUUGCAUUUCUUUCAGCUUAUUCUAUGCAAAAACACUACUGUUAUAUUUUUAAGUUUAUUUGCACCUUAAUCUUUAUAUAGUAACUGCCACUACUUCCAGCUUCCAAAGCCAGUUGUUAAUCUUAUCCAAAAGAGUGUUUGGCUUUGAGUGUUGACAACAUUGCUGUUGGAAGAGCACUGAAAAAUCAUUUCAGGAACUUUUUUUUUCUUUACAACAAAGUUUGUAAAGUCAAAUUAAGUGCUUUUGUACUUUGUAAUAAUCUAUUAGUAGUUUAAGAUUCAAUAAGUUAUUAAGAAUUCUGUUUACACUUCAUGUCUGUGCACAUCUGCCAAUCAUUAUUCUCCUGAUCAUUUUGCAACUGACAGAUUCCAGGACAGAACAGGUGUUAGCAAUAAAUUUAGAAUAAUUGUUAUUGUAUUUUUAUUUAUGUAUUCAUAGCUGUUAUUUUAAAAUGCCUUUGUAUAUUGUUAUAACCAAUAAAUACAAUGAGAUCCCAAUAAAGGAUGAUAAAUGGGUAUUAAAAACAACUGGUUAAAUUACAUUUAUUAGGUAGACUGUCUUAGUGAGAAGUGCAUCUUUUAUAGAAUAUAUAAAAUUGUGUGUAUAUACUGUAUAUUUUCUAAACCUAGCAUAGCUGGAAGAAAAGAGAACUUGCAGAACUAUGUUUCAUAUUUUGUAUAUGCAACUUUUUUUUUUUUUCCCUCGGUAUGGUUAAUUCAGCAAAUGAAUAGAAUUAGAGCGCUAAAGUUUGCAGGAGAUGCCAUGUUUACGUUUUUUUUUUUCUAUAAAGAAUGUAUACCUGCACUCAUCGUCCCCGUGUGCAAGACAUGGGUUGAUACAAUUUAAGAUACUCCAUAGGCUCCAUUUCACUAACUCUAAAUUGGCAAAAAUUUUCCUAAUACCAGCUCAGCAUGCAAUAGAUGUAAGCAAACACCAGCUACCUUAGCCCAUAUGUUCUGGUCAUGCCCUAGGCUGAAAGAGUUCUGGAGGAGUGUAUUUAAGACCUUUAAUGACAUCUAUGGUGUCGUAAUUGAUCCACAUCCUCUACUAGCUCUAUUUGGUACACGACCUGAAGGAUCAUCUCUAAGGACAAAUGUCAUGUUAUUGCUUUCUCCACUCUGCUAGCAAGGCGUCUAAUUCUUUUGAAUUGGAAGGGGGUUAACCCACCCACACAUAACAGAUGGAUUAAUGAAGUUAUGGCCCACAUUCAAAUGGAAAAGAUUAAGUUCACUAUAAGAGGCUCAAAAGAUUUUUGACACCUGGCUACCUUUUAUAACAUACUUUGAAGGCUUACACACAUCUGAUUGUGAAGACCCUCAACCUGUUUCCUUAUAAAACAUCAUAUGACGACUAUGUGAUGCUGAACUCUAGCUACUGCCCUAAUUUUAGGGCUAAAAAUUUGAGGGUUGAGACUGAAUGGGCUUAGGCUCCCAUGGGGUAUGGUGUAAUUAUGCUAUAAUGGAGGUAAUUACUAAAAUUAUUAUUAAUAUGGUUUGGUACUGUGUGUAUGUAUAUGCAGGGGUAUGCAUGAAUAUGUUGGUGUAUGUAUGGGUAUGUAAAUGUGUAUUUUAGUUUCUUUUUGUAUUUGUACAAAAUGUUUGUGUUUAUUUAUACUGUUUUAUUAUAUUUCUUUGAGUGGAGCAGAGAAACAAGGAUGGGUCUAGGGUGUAGGAAAAUCGAACAAAGAAUUGUCUAAUGUUAGUUUAUACUGUAUUAUGCUGUUAUUGUUGAAUAUUACAAAAUAAA